GAUCACACACAUCUCUACAACCAACAGGUGAAAGAGGAAGAUCUCCACUGGGAGCAAAUGAUGGCGGGAGCUGAGAAGGCGAUCAUUUCAGGACUUCAGAAGAAGGAGACAGAAUCUGCUGUCAGGGUCAGGUCUGAUCGUGGUGCAGCUGGAAGAAGCAAAGAAAGCAUCGCUGUUAAUGUCAGCACAACAAAACCUGCACGUCUCACAGAAUUCCUCAAAAGUAAAAGCAAACGGAUCAAUUCUGAAUCUCCCUCAGUUUACAAACUGCCUCUGACAGAAGAAGAUAUCAAGGUCAAAGGAUGCAGAGGGUACACCUUUGGCAAAGAAAGCAUGAGGCAAAAUUGCACUAUCAUGCUUCUGGGCGCAACCGGGGCUGGAAAGUCCACUCUGAUCAAUGGACUCAUCAACUACAUCGUUGGUGUAGAGUGGGAGGACGAUUUCAGAUUCAAAUUAGUUGACGAGGAUCAGUCGAGAUCUCAAGCUGAGAGCCAGACCCCUGAAGUCACUGUGUACAAAAUCAACCACCAAGAGGGCUUUAAAAUCCCUUUCUCUCUGACCGUUGUUGAUACUCCAGGCUUUGGAGAUACAAGAGGAAUAGGAAGAGACAAGGAGAUCACAGAACAGAUCAGGAGGCUUUUCACUUCUGUGAAUGGAGUCAGUGAGAUUGAUGCUGUGUGUUUUGUCACCCAGGCCUCUCUUGCCCGACUAACAGCCACACAACGAUAUGUGUUUGACUCUGUGCUCUCCAUCUUUGGCAAAGACGUGGCAGAGAAUAUUCAGAUUCUGGUCACCUUUGCAGAUGGCAAGCAGCCACCUGUUCUUGAGGCAAUAAACAACUCUAGGGUUCCAUGUCCAAAAAAUGAGCUAGGGCUUCCAGUUCACUUCAGAUUCAACAACUCAGCGUUGUUUGCAGAUAACAGAAGCAGCAGUGAUCGGGCCUGUGAUGAGAAUUCUGAUGAGGAUGAUGAGGAUGAUGUUAAAUUUGACGAAAUGUUUUGGAACAUGGGCAUCAAAAGUAUGGAGAAGUUCUUCACUGCUUUGAUUAAACUGACAACCAAAAGAUUGCUCAUGACCCAAGAGGUUCUAAAAGACGUUGUGAUUGAAGUGGAUGUUAUUAAGCCAGUCAAAAAGAAAGGAGAGAGAGCUUCGUGGUGCCUGAACUGUUCCAUUAUUUAACACUACCCGUGUUGUGUAGAAAAGGCUGAGGCCAAAGUGGGUUACCAGGCACGUGUUCGGUCUUUGGAGGAGAUGAGGGUCAAAGCAACAAUCAUCUCAAAAUUAGCCAAACAGCCAAAUCUCUCACAAACAGAGGAGAAACGAUCCCAAGAAGAUCAGGGGAGGAAAGUAAAGAAAGGUCGCCUUAGAAGACUUCUAAAUUGUUUUGGAAUAGGGAAAACUGACUAGGUCUGCAGCCAUCUUAGCAUUACUGUGAGGUUGGCGUGGAUGUAAAAUGGGUUAAAAGUACAGUUGAGCCAUGGUAUGACCCAUUAGUACAUUACAAUUGAUGUGCACAUUUGGUGUUUUUAUGAUGCUAACAUUACCAAUGGUAAAGUAAAUGUUGCCCAGCUUGUGGCAUCAUUUAAUUGUAUUUAGUUUUUGCACCAAUAACUGCAUUAUGGAAAACUGCUUCUUAUCUGACACACACAGUCAUUGAUUGACCUCUGUCCGCUGGAGUAUUGGUGCCUAUAACGGUUACCACUCACUUUUGUUCUCUUAUUUUUAUUAAUCAAUUAUUAAUAUAUUUGUAUAAUACAUUUUGAUUAUAUGCCAUACAUUUAAGUUUCAAGACAAGGUUUUGGACUUUCACAGUUAUGUAACUUGUCUUGAAGAUGUUUGCGGUAACACAAAUGCUGUCUUGAUUCACAUGAUUAAAUUGAAGGUUUUAUUUGUCUUCAGUAGGUUAAAGCUUGUUCCUGUGAUGCUCAUCCUGAUCAAAGGACAGCACAGACGUUGCAGCUUCAUGUUUGCAGUUUGUGGAUAUUAAACUUGUUGAUCUUAAUGUGAUGCAUUUACUGUAUGUGUCUUCUUUUUUUGCUUAUUGUUGAACAUAUAAUACAAAAAGCCAGUAAAUAAUUAAAUUGAAAUUUGACCAAAAGUCUAACAACAGUCAACAGUGCUUGAUUAUUAAAUGUAAUAUGAUUGAGGUGUGAUAAUAAAAGAUGUUGUUGGAUAUGU